AUGCCUGCCACUGCUAUGUUUUCAAAAUUUAAAAGUGGUGGUCAAACGCAGUGUCCGACUGAAACGAAUCCUAUUGGACAAUUUUUCGAAAUUGGGAAGCAAGUCGCCAGCGCCGGUCCUGAACUAGUUUGGAAAAUACAUGACGCGUAUAGAAAAAGUGACGGAAAGGAAUGUUCAGUCUUCAUAUUCGAAAAACGUUGCGCGGAAAAACUCCACAAACCGAAACGGAAAGAAACGGUUACCGAAAUCCUUAGAGGCAGCGUCAGACAAUUGGAAAGGUAUCGUCACCCAAAAAUCCUCCAUGUUCUGCACGCUAUUGAAGAAUGUGCUGAGACGUUGGCGUUCGCAACUGAACCAGUAUACGCUAGUUUGGCUAAUAUCUUGGCGUAUCAAGAAAGUACGAUCAAUCAUGGUGGAAUACAUCAAGGUAUCGGGCACGGGCAGCAAACUCAACAGCGACCUGCAAAUGCUAGAGAGUAUAAUUUUUUGGAUUUGGAGUAUAAGUAUGGUAUACUACAGAUAACAGAGGCACUUUCAUUUUUACAUUAUUCAGGACACAUGCUACACAGAAAUGUUUGCCCCGGGAGUAUUUUAAUUACUAAGAGAGGAACUUGGAAAUUAGCAGGUUUGGAAUUUAUAGAACGUGUUAAUGACGUUGAUGGAGUAGAACCGAUUCCCUGUCAACCGUGGACAUCAAGGCUUCCGAAAAUGGCACAACCAAAUUUAGAUUUUACUGCUCCUGAAACGCAAACACAAUCAAUCUGUAGUAUAUUAAGUGACAUGUAUUCCUUAGGAAUGGUAAUAUGUGCCAUUUUCAAUAACGGUCGGCCGCUUAUACAAGCCAACAACUCCACCUCAGCAUAUCUCAAACAAAUGGAACUUCUCGACGACCAAGUGCGCAAUUUGAUACCAAGAAUACCAGUGCCCCUUCAAGAGGCAACUACGAGGCUAGUUAGUAAGGAUACUCGACAACGACCCACAGCACAACUACUCACAUUAAUAAAGUAUUUCAGUGAUCCAGCUUUACACGCACUUCAGUUUCUUGACGUCAUUAAUAUGAAAGAUCCUACACAGAAGUCUCAUUUUUACAGGAUAGCACUCAAAGAUGCGUUACCUUACAUUCCAAAGAAAAUGUGGUAUCAAACCGUAUGGCCUUGUUUGCAACAGGAAAUGAGAACUCAAGAAGUAUUGGCAGCAGUGCUGCAAUCCGUAUUAUAUUUUGUUCAGGAAGCUUCAGCUGAUGAAUACGAGUCCAUUAUUCUUCCGUCCUUAAGAAACGUAUUUUCGGCACCAAAAACCGUACAGGCCACUGUUACGCUUCUAGAAAAUCUGCAUGUAAUUUUAGAAAAAACUCCAAGAGAGGAAAUUCGGACUGAGAUCUUACCAAUGCUGUACAACGCUUUUGAAAGUACAACAAUACAAGUACAGAGUGCUGCGUUAUUGGCAGUGACAAAUGUCGUUGAUUAUCUAGACGACUCUGCAAUAAGAAGAAUGAUUUUACCGAAAACGAAAGCAAUAUACGAGAAAAAUCAAACGGAUUCAAAGUUGGUGUCGAACGUGCUUUGCUGCGUAGAGAGAAUAUUGGACAGAUUGGACAAAUCGCAAAUUAUCGAUGAAGUUCUUCCGCUUCUUUACGAAAUAAGACUAUCCGACCCACAAAUAACUCUAAGAGUUGUUCAUAUCUACAGGCUGAUGUUGACCGACAAAAAAUACGGUCUUUCAGUUAACUUAAUGGCUACCAAAGUGAUGCCUUCGUUGUUACCACAAACAGUAAACCCCUCACUAAACUUGGAGCAAUUCACGAUAUUAUUAGAAGUGCUACAAGAAAUGUUAGAUCAGAUUGAUCGUAAUCAAAGAAACAAGCUCAAACUAGACAAUCUGUCACUGCCUAGUCCCGAACGACAUAGACCACUCAGACAUCAAUAUAGUUCAGAUAACAUGCACGUACCACCUUUCAACAUACCGAACUUGAGGAUUGAGCAGAGAAAGACUUCCAGCGCCGAAGAUAUGGCACGGAAAAAUUCCACAGGAGGAGUUUUGGGAAGCUGGUGGUUUGGUGGUAGUCCGUCAUCACCAGAUAGCAACUUCCUACGGGUAGUAAACGCUUUUCCUAAUAGAAGACUGUCAGAUAAUACUCUGAUGACACCGAAAAUCAGAGUGGCGCCUUCGUGUGCGUCUUCUCCGGGAGGUACACCGGGCGGUGGGCUUCCCAUAAGGAGGCAUUCUAGUAUAGGUCCACAAGAACGAAGAGGAUCCACUGUCAAUCUUUCACCACCAACGGGAACUAUUGGGUACAACUCAUACCGAGAUGGCUCAAGUCUUUCUGUGCCAUCCUCAUACCUUGCACGGAGCAUGAUAGGAGGUUCAAUGCCUAACACAAGCAGCAGCGUACCGUUUCUCGUGAGUAGCAGCAUGCAAAGUAUCCGUUCUAGAAGACCUUCGGCCGUAUUUGGGGGCUCGCAGGGCUCUCAGGGGCUACUCCAACAGCUGGGCUCAGGCAUGGUAAGACUCACCUCCUCUUCACAACAACCGAUCAACAGCCGAACAAUGUCUAGUAGCUCUGUUAGGAAAUGCCCCUCAUUGAAUAUAACAUUUAGCUGA